UAGAAAAAAGAAACAAAAUUUCCCUUCUCUCUCUCUCUCUCUCUCUCUAAAACUCGAACAACUUCCGUUACGAUAAUGAAUUAGAGAAAGCGGGAAAGGAAUACAGAAAAAGGAAAAAUGGAAUCAGAGCCUGUUAACUGGGAAGCUCUGGAUUCUCUGGUUAUUGAUUUUGCUAAAUCCGAAAACUUGAUCGAAGAUUUAAACUCUUCUCCAUCUUCCACCCCUUCUUCUCCUUCUUCUUCGUCUUAUCGCUUCCGUUUGCUUAUCCGUGAGAUCCGAAGAUCACUGGAAAUCGGUGAUAUCGAUGCUUCUAUUGAGUUUCUUCGCAUACAUGCUCCAUUCAUCCUCGAUGAUCAUCGACUUCUCUUCCGAUUACACAAGCAGAAAUUUAUUGAGCUUCUAAGGAAAGGGACCACACAAGAUCGUGAUUCUGCCAUCGAGUGCUUGCGGACAGCGCUUGCUCCUUGCGCUCUUGACGCUUACCCGGAAGCAUAUGAGGAGUUUAAACAUGUUCUUCUUGCAUUAAUAUUUGACAAAGAUGAUCAGACCUCUCCUGUGGCUCAUGAGUGGUCUAUACGGAGGAGGGUUGAUCUCGCGGGAUUGCUAUCCUCUGUUUUAAGAGCAAAUCUGCAAGCUUAUGACCCGAUCUUUUCUAUGACCUUGAGAUACUUGAUAAGCGUACACAAAGGAUUUUGCUUUAAUCAGGGAAUUUCAUCACCAAUUUCAGAUCUUACAGAGAGGUUGCUCCUCGAGGAACGUGACCUCCCUGUAACAUCACAGGAGAGCCUGCAUGAGGCACCUCCUUUUGACGAGGUUGAUAUACAAGCCCUUGCACAUGCUGUGGAGCUUACAAGACAAGGUGCAGUUGAUAGCUUGCGCUUUGCUAAAGGCGAUUUGUAUCAGGCAUUUCAGAAUGAUUUGUGCCGGAUGAAACUGGAUGCUGCAAUGCUUGAUGAACUUGUUCAUGAGUACUGUCUCUAUAGAGGGAUUGUGGACAGUGGUCUCGCAUUACCAUCUGAUUCAGAUAUGCAAACCUCAGGUAAAUCCCAAAAGUUGUGUCAACCAGAUCCAGGGUGUGACUCCCCACAGGAUUGUGUUUCAGUCAACAUGGAUUAUCAAAUCGGUAGUCAGUCUGAUGCUGAAACAUUCGUUGUCAAGUCUGAAAUGGUUGAUUCUCAAGAAGUCAAUGCUAGUGCUAUGAGGACGGAUGGGGCUGAUAUUGUGAUGCGAUGUACGGACGAGGCAAUAGGUAAUCGCGAAGACUGCAGCACUAGUGGGACACAUCAGUCCAAAGUAAGUAGAGGGUUUCAAAGGAGUAGAAGUUAUGCAACUGGAGAAAGGAGCGGACGCAAGAGAUGGAGAGGGAGAGUUGAAAAGCUCGAAAUUAUUUCUGAUGAUCCUUCUAUUGGAAGCAGUAACCAGAUGCUUUACACAUUAGCUCAUAAUGCCAACAUAAGGGUAUUGGAAGAACAGCAGGCUUCCCUAAAACAUUCUGCACUUGAGCUUUACGGCAAGAGAAAGGAUCAUAAAUAUGAGACUGUGCUGGACAUAAAGGAAUUAGCUAGUAAAGGAAUGGCUGCUGAGGUUGUGGAAGAAGUAAAUGCGUUUGACCCACAUUUUUUUGCACAAAAUCCUCUUCUUUUAUUCCAACUUAAGCAGGUUGAAUUUCUUAAACUGGUCAAGAGUGGUGAGCAUUCUAAUGCACUUAAGGUUGCCAGCUCUUAUUUGGGGCCUUUGGCAGCGAAUGACCGAACUUUGCUGAAGCCUUUGAAGGAGACACUAUUGGCUUUGCUUAAACCUAAUGAAGAUGCUCUAGCAAAAGACGUACCCUUGUCUGUUCUUACAACGUCACUCCAGGUAUAA